CCCCGCCGGGCCCGCCCCUCGCGAGGGGCCGCCGCGCGUAGUCAGCCGCCGCCACCUCCGCCGCGCUCUGUCCGGACAGACGCUCGCCGCCCGCAGCCUGCCGCCCGCCACAGGGCGCUGACGGUCCCGCUGGUCUCCCGCUGCCGCCGGCACGCCCGAGGCUGCCUUAACAACGUGCCAUAAACUGGGUGGCUUAAAACAACAGAAAAUCUAUUGUCUCACAAUUCUGGGGUUUAGAAGUCUGAAAUCAAGAUGUUGGUGGCUGGGCACAGUGGCUCACACCUGUAAUCCCAACAUUUUGGGAAGCCAAGAACUUCCAGCACUAUGUUGAAUAAGAGUGGUGAGAGCAGAUAUCCUGCCUUGUUCCCGGUCUUAGGGGGUUCACCCAUGAGCUCGGAUUUCCCACAUUACAACUUCAGGAUGCCUAAUAUUGGAUUCCAGAAUCUGCCUCUCAACAUAUAUAUUGUGGUUUUUGGUACUGCUAUAUUUGUCUUCAUCCUUAGUUUACUCUUCUGUUGCUACUUGAUUAGGCUAAGACAUCAAGCACACAAAGAAUUUUAUGCCUACAAACAGGUCAUAUUAAAAGAGAAAGUAAAAGAAUUGAAUUUACAUGAGCUCUGUGCAGUGUGCCUAGAAGACUUCAAGCCUCGAGAUGAGUUGGGGAUUUGUCCAUGUAAGCACGCCUUCCACAGAAAGUGCCUUAUUAAGUGGCUGGAGGUUCGUAAAGUGUGUCCCCUGUGCAACAUGCCGGUUCUACAGCUGGCCCAGUUGCACAGUAAGCAGGACCGUGGACCCCCUCAGGGGCCCCUUCCCGGGGCAGAGAACAUUGUAUAGCUUACCGCAAGGAUCAGACUGUUACUGGACACGACGUCUGUGUGGAGCCAGGAGGAACACAAGUGGUGUCUGUAUUGGCUGCUCUCUACCUAGGUCACCAGCUGCCACUUCUUUUGCCUCAUGAAGAACUCUUGGGCCAGCCAAGCUGGGAACCUAGGUGUCUGGGUCUUGUGACAACCAAAGCACUUUGACGCUACCCCCUGCCGAGAGAAGAGGAGUGGAUGAGCCUGCGGGUUUGCCUCAAGAAACUUCAUGAGGGUCUCUUAUUAACUCCAUUACACUCUCUCCUGGAGCCUCAUCUCCAUGUCAAGCAGGAGGGUAAAGAAGGGAACUAAGAGCAGGUCUUUAAAGCCACACCCCCACCUGCGGAUGGAUGGGUUUCUAUGUAGGCCAUGCAGGCCUUUGUAGCAGCAAACCCUCCCAACAGCCCUUGAGCCAAGUAAAACCAGCACAACCAGCCACCACUGGUUGGUGAGGCAGUGCCCACAAGGCUCAUGUUAUAUUCCUUUGAUAAGGCCAUCUUGGCUUUGAGUAGCAGUGUCCCUCGCCACCCAUUUCCCCCUCAGGAUUACAACACCUGCUAUCAAAUCAUCUAAGCUGAAAACAUUAGAUGCGCUUGGAAAGGCCUAGUCAGAAGCCAUUUCCUCUUAUCAUUUCCCUCUCCUAUGCACCAGUGAGGCCCAUCCAGAGUCCCAGCAGGGGGUGGGCCCUGAGUCCACACUGUCCCUGAAUGAUCCAGGAGGCUGCCCACAUCCCCACAUGUGCACUGUGGUUCCAGUGUAGCUGCUGUGGGCCCACUGCCACUGCCUCAGGAGGGAGCCACUGUGAACCCCUUGAGUGGCUCCAAAGAGCAGUGGCUUUCUGAGAAUGGCCCAUACUCCUGGCCCAGCUGGAUGAAAGGAAUGCCGACCCUUUGGCCUCUCCCCCUCCUCCUUCCAUCUCUUCUCUCUCUUGCCCUCUCUUUCUACUUCGGAAAAAAAAAAAAAAAAGCCUGUCAUUCACUUUUUAACACUUUAUCCCAAAUAAGAUCCCUGUGUAAUUCUGAAGCUGGUGAUCCACUUAGAAUUGUAAAUAGUUUCAGGAAGCUCCUGCAGGGCUGUCCACCGAUGGUGUGUGCCUCAGUAUUUGGACUUCCGAAACUGAAAGUGAAAGUGUCUUUAUAGGAGAGAAACGCAUGCUGCUCUUUGGCUCUUUCUGUCCAACUUUUCUACAAAUGACUCAGAGUCCAUUAGGAUUUGUGAAUAUUGUAUAAAUUAGCUAUGGAAAGUAGCAGGUCAGAUGGAAAAUUCUUUUCCACAGCCCUGCUCUCCGCCUCCCUCCAUCUUAGGAGCACCUGCCUCAAUUCCUCGUCAACCGCUUUGCUCCACUCCAUCCCACAGGUGUGAGUGGAGGAAGUUUUUCAUUAGGAAUACAGUCUGCGUGACAUGGAGAAUGGAUGGAGGGAGCUUUGCUACUCUGCUCUUGGCAUGACUCCAGGAUUUUUUUCUGGAAUCCAACCUCUGUCCUCUUAGGAGAGGGAACCUGUCCAUGGUUCAGAUGGCUGGGGUCAGAUGAGGAGGAAAAUUUCCAUUAGUGUAGAAAAUUGCUGGACAGAAUCCAGUUUGGAAAAUUACAAAUCCAUUGGUCAAAAUAGGCCACUUCCUAUGUGUGACCUAUUCGUGGUAUGCCAACUGGACUGCUUCCUAAACAGGACAAGGAAAGUGAGGAAUAUUUUUGUAUGAAAGCCUUAGCCUGUCUGGCACCCAUGACAAAAACUAUUUAUGCACUCCUACUUUCACCGUCUUUUUGCAUUCUCUAUUUGUAGCACAACAGAGUUGAAUGCCACAAAACACCCCGUUUAUAGUGAACUGUUUUCAGUGACCAAUGUUAGAAGGAGGCUUGCUUCUGGACUAGCCUAAUUGCCAGCAGCCACCAUUUUCCAUGGAAUGGCCUUGGGACGGGUGUCACCUCUCUGUUAUGGGGCUCUAAUAGGAAAGAGAAUAUUUUUUCCCUUCCUAUGAUCAAUACUGCAAAUUAUUGCUGCUCACAGCUUUUAUAGAAUUCUCCCAACUGAAAGUUGCAGCCUUUUUCUGUCCUUGUGCAUCAGUACUCACAAAAGACAGCCUCACCAAGUCUGUGUAUUUGAACAGAGGCAAGUUAAUUGAUCCCUCCGUGUCAGAGCCACAGGCUUGUUGAGGGGGUUGAUACAUAGCACUGGACCAGUGCUCAAAGCCCAGUUAGUUCCAGCCGUGAGGAGUGCACAAGAAUGCUCUGCACUCUGCACUUGGCACCAUCUUGGGUCUGCUUUGCCCAGAUGAGGGACCACUAACAACCUUCUCAGCACAUGUGAAUGUGGAGUGAUUUUAAAAUGCAUUCAUUCUGCUAGGAUUGGGCUGGAAGCUGGAAGAGUGAGAGUACUUUUUCUGCUCGUAGUCGUCUCCCUUUCUCAGCGUGACGUCCUCCUGCAGCAAGCCUAGUAUCACUAGCAGUAGUUCCUGCAACUCUUAGCAACACAACCCAAAUAUUUGCUCCCUGCAUCUGGGUCCUCCACCAGGAUGGGCCUGUGCAUCUGCAUUGCUGUACAGACAAAUAGGCCUUUUAAUUUACAUCCUCCUUUAAUUCUCAUUAAAAUCGCAGGGUUUUUUGUUUGAAAGACAAUCCUUUUUUUUUUUUUUUAAAGAAUGAGUUAGGGACCCCUUUAUACUCUCUUGGCUCAGACUCGAACCCCAUGGUAAAGUCACCCUUUCCGCAUCUAUCUUCAGGAGUUGCUGGGACUUGUUACUGUGUCGAUGCGUGGGGAUUCUGGUCUGCUCUUGGACCACUGGCUGGUAUCCUUUGUGUGUUUCUUAAGCAGCUCAAAGAUAGAAUGUUGCUGGUCUGCUAUGAGUUAGUGGAGCAUAACUCAGCCCCAACUGGACUCCAUGGGUGGCUGAAUCAUUAGUAGUUGCUAGGGGGACAACUGAAUUCAGCUGGCUUCAGAAACAGGGAACAAAACCAGCCUGACUUGAUUCCUGGUUGGGUCAGUAUCAGACACUAGGAAGUUGACAUCUGCUGCUUUUCUUUGCCACGUGUGAUUUGGUUAGGCCUGUCCCUGGCAGAUAAGGUCCUUGAAGCCUGUGCUUGCCUAGCCAGGGAAGGCAGGACAGAAAUGGCCAAAUAGGGGCAGGUGGCCUCUGGGAAGGUCUGAGCUGAGGGAUACAGGGGACCUCCCACCAUUGCCGGAUACCCUGUUCUUGACAAGAAGAUCCUUUUCCCCAGUGCCAAGUCCUUUGGAUCCAUCAGAGGAAUAGCCUUAGGCCUUGUCCUUUUUCACAACCCCACUUCAAAAUCAUGUCAUCUCCGUGGCCUGAUCCCGCUCUAAGCUACUUUGAACAACUAGGAAUUAUUUUUCUGAGAGGCUUUUUGGGAAUUAUGAAAUACAUCCAGGGCGGUAUCCCCAGAGCUCUAGGUAGAGAGUGAUGGAAUCGCCUCUUGCCACUCACUAGCCUCAGGCCUUUCUGCAGGUUAGCCUCUCAGUCUCUUUCCUUAUCUACCACCCAGGGAUUGUAAUAACGUCCCUGGCACCUCUUAUGAGGGUUAGCUGGUGCCCAGAGCCUAGUGGGCAGCAGGCCUGGUGUCAUGGGGACUGCUGAUACCACAUAACAUCAUCUGGGUUACAUGGGCUCCUCUGCCAUCAUGAUAGGAAUAGAACCUCAGCCAAAAAGCCUCCUGAGCUGUAGGGGCUUUCCCUGAGGCCCAGGUUCACCUGGUCCCUUUCUUCCUUGGUCAUCUCUGCCUUUGCCCACAGUGAACUCUGACUUGGUUGUUCAGUGCUGAAUAUUUCUUUCUUAAUGUUUUGAAUAGGUAAUCUAUUCACGUGGUUCACAAAUCAUAAAGUAGUUAAAAGCCUUUCUUGAGUUCCUGAAGCCCAGCAAGCUCAGCUCCUCACUCCAUGAGUACCUACUAUUGGUUUGUUCCUUGAGUAGAGUAUCCUUCCAGAGAUCAUUUAUGCAUGUACACACGUGUAUGUGUGUAUAUAAUUUUUCUCCUUUUCUACUCAUGUGAUACCAGACAAGUGUAUUCAAAGAACGCUCCUACUAAUGUGGGAAGAGCCAUCCUAGAAAUCAGAAUACAAAAUGUGAACCCAGAAUUGGGGGAAGUUUUGCAAUCACACUCCUGUUGAGUAAGACAUAUUUUCAUUUUAUUGCAACAUACUGAAAUUUUAGUUUUCUGUAUAAAUCAGAAUCUGCAGUCCCUCCCUUACCCCAAAUGCCCAGCUAAUCCAAGAGCAUGACCAGAUUUUUCUGAUUGACUUUCUAUCUGCGACAGGAUGCUCAAGAUCAGGCUCUGUAGCUGACAGCAGUGGCACAGGCCUCUCCCAGCUCUGAGCAGCCUCUGCAGGUGCCUGGACAGCUGCUGGCCCCUCCCCCACCUUGGCCAGUUCCAAGUGAGGACCAGUGGUGAUGUGUAGCUACAACUGUUGUGGUCUCUUAGGCAAGCUCUUGUGUCUCUGAUGCAGGAGUUUUAGCAGCAGCAACUGAAGGCUUCUAUUUUGUGGGGCAGACAUCUUAGCUACUGAGCAAGUGCACAGUGAGUCUCAUGUUUAACUGUGGAUAUGCCUGAAUGUCCAGUGUCAGUUCAUGGAGCUACUCCCUUUCCCUCCCAACUUUUCAUUGUUGUUGAGACAGGGUCUUUUUGUCACCCAGGCUGGAGUGCAGUGGCACCAUUGUAGCUCACUGCAGCCUCAACUUCCUGGGCUCAAGUGAUCCUCCUGUCUCAGUCUGUAGCUGGGUCUACAGGUGCACACCAGCACACCUGGCUAAUUUUCAUAUUUUUUGUAGAGACAGGUCUCAACUCACUAUGUUGCCCAGGCUGGCCUCUUCACUCUAUGCACACACUUUGAAAAGAAAAUGCUUCCGGUCGGGCACGGUGGCUCACGCCUGUAAUCGCAACAUCCCAGCACUUUGGGAGGCCGAGGCAGGUGGAUCACCUGAGGCCAGGAGUUCAAGACCAGCCUGACCAAUAUGGUGAAACCCCCUAUUAAAAAUACAAAAAUUUGCCGGGCGUAGUGAUGCGUGCCUGUAAUCCCAGCCACUCAGGAGGCUGAGACAGGAGAAUUGAUUGAACCCGGGAGGCAGAGGUUGCAGUGAGCCAAGAUCCCUACUGCACUCCAGCCUGGGCGACAGAGCGAGACUCCGUCUCAA